GUGAAGGGUCCAGAUGUGGAAGUGAAGGGACCUACGGUGGGUUCGCAGGAGCAAAGGAUCGAAGAAGAACGGCAUGUUGAAAGCCCUCAACGACUUAAUGAGCUGACUGAGAGGGAUAAUCAAGCUCGAAAAGAUCAGAACCAUCAGGCACAAGCUUCGGAUUCUGAACCUACUUCACGUUCUUCUGGUUCUCCUUCUUCAGGAGUUCUUCCUACUACAUCACAUCCUGAAGGAACCACAAAAGGUGAUAAAUCAGUGUCUCAGCAGAUAGAAAGUGGUAAUCGUUCACAGGAUAACAGU